CACGGUGCAGGAACACGUGGAGGGGGUGGUGGGCGGCGAGCUGGAGCUGCCUUGUGACGUCAUUCCCCCGAUUGAUGACCGAAUGGCCGUCAUCCUCUGGUACCGCGACAACCACCCGGACGCCAUGUACACGUACGACGCCCGCAACACUUCCCUCGGUUACCGGCAACACAACCCUCGCGACCAAGACCUCGCCCGACGCACCAAGUUCUUCCCCCAGCCGCCGGCCAGGAUGGUUGUAAGCGGCGCCUCCCUGGACGAUGCCGGCCGUUACGAGUGUCGGGUGGACUUCAUGCGCGCUCCCUCCAAGACCACGAUUAUCCAGGUGACGGUGGUGGAGCCGCCCUCGAGUAUCCGCGUGGCCCUGCACACUGGCAAGACCGUCACCUCCAACACCGUCACGGCCGACGAGGGGAGUCCACUGAGGCUGUCCUGCAUCGUGACUGGAGGUCAUCCGCGCCCCAGGGUAUGGUGGACGCUGCACAACAAGACGCACGAGUUCGUAGUGGACGAGACCUACGAGGCGAUCAACGGCGACCUCACGCAGAACGACCUCAUGCUGCCCCGCCUCACGCCCGACCACCACAUGACGGGACUCGCUUGCCACGCCUCCAACACCAACGCUACGGGCCCCAUCACCUCGCGCGUCACUCUCCUCCUCAAUAUGGCGCCCCAGCGUGUGCGCAUCACGGGCCUGGAGGAGCCGCUCCUGGCCGGCCACCGCUACAGGGUGGGCUGCGAGACCUUCGGCAGCAGGCCCGCGCCCGUCCUCAAGUGGAGCAUCAAACGACCCGACCGACUCGACGAGAUCCUGGCCAAGCAGGACCUGUCGAAGCGGAACGUGAGCAGGUCGUUUCUGGAGCUGGACGUGGACUGGAGUGAUCACAAGGCCACCCUCAAGUGCAGCGCCGCCAGCCCCGCCCUCCCGGAGCGAAGCAUCACCAACAGCUCCGUCUUUGAAGUGAAUUUCGCCCCACGGCUUCAUCUCACCCUUGGGACGACGCUGCAGCCAGACGGAAUCAAGGAGGAAAUGGACGUGUACUUCCAAUGCACCGUCAAGGCCAACCCCUGGGUGUACAAGAUCUCCUGGUACCACAACGACGUGGAGGUGGAGAAUAACAGGGCGGGGGGCGUGCUGGCGUCGGACGACCACCUGGUGCUGCAGCGCAUCACGCGGCGCUGGAGCGGUACCUACCUGUGCAAGGCGUCCAACGUGGUGGGCGACGCCGUCUCCAACGCACUCCACAUACCCGUGCAGUACGCCCCCAUCUGCGCCUCGUCCUCCACCACCGUGUUCCGCGCCGCCCUGGGGGAGGAGAUCGUCAUCCCCUGCCGCGUGCUCUCCCACCCCCCGAACGUCACCUUCUCCUGGACCUUCAUGAACGCCCUGACGGAGCACUUCAAUCCCUUCUCUCCCACCCUGGCUACUCAACCCGUCCCGGUGAUCCCCCAGCACGAGAGGGUACCGGGAGACCGGGUAUCGUGGAGGGGUCUUGUCUCCCGCCUACGGUACCUGCCGGAGAAGACCCAGGACUACGGCACCCUCCACUGCUGGGCCUCCAACAGGGUUGGGAACCAGGAAAAGCCGUGUAUCUUCCACGUGAAACCCGCCGGUGUCCCCUCGCCGCCCCUCAACUGCACCGUCAGCAACCAGACGUGGGAGAGCGUUGAGGUGACGUGCGGCGACUCCCGGGCGGCGCCGAACCACCACCGGACUCACAGCUACGGCUACGACUCGGAGUUGAACGAGGUUGCGCCGGCCAACCACCCCGCCGAGCUGCUGCAGGACAGUGACAAGCCCCGGUACCUCCUCACCGUGAAGGAGCGACUCACCCACGCUGUCACCCACAACCUCACGGGUGAGCGAGGUGUGUUCUCCGUGACGGGUCUGACGGCCGGCCUCGAUUACGUCAUUUCCGUGGUGCGGUACAACAGCCACGGCCGCUCCUCCAACGUCACCCUCGAGGCCUUCACGCUGAGGACGGCAGAGAACAGAAUGCGGGAGGAGCUUGAGGGCGGGGAGUCGGCCCUGCUCGGCGUGGUGCUGGGUGUGAUGGGCGUGGUGCUGCUGCUCGCCGUGGGGGCCAUCGCCGUCACCCUCCGCUCACGCUCCCGCCCGCGGCCCUCCUCACCCUCCAAAAAGACACGACUUCCCCCGGGGGAGGCGAGUGAAUCCGGGACGUUAGACCACCCGGACCUGCUGGAGGCGGAGUCCCACGUGCCCACUGCCGGCCCCUACCGCUCCGCCGAGGUGACGCAGGCGCUGCUGUCCCCGGCCCGCACCCUGGACGACGAGGUGAGCAUCACGCCCGCCUCCGUCUCCCCCUCGGCCCACCUGGACUACCUGCCGUGCGAGGGUACAGAGUCCGUCUCCCCCAGCGUCAGGUCACACCCGCGCCUCUACGUACGGGCAGAGGGACACACGGGGCAGCAGGAGAGCUUCCUCUGAGCACCCCUUUCGACGUGUUUCCGGGGGGGCUUCAGUAGCAGCAGCAGCAGCAGAAGCAGCAUCGCCAUGUAAAGUAAAUUUUUUUGUAAGAGGCAGAAAAUGUUUCCUUCCGGGUGGUUUUGGGGAUACAUAUGUACGACGUUUUCUUGGAGUGGUGGCGUAUUUUUUGGCAUAAUUCCUAUUUACGUAGCUAGUGAUGCAGGUGUCGGGGAUGCCUGCCGUAUUCGGUAUUUUUCUCACAUUGUGUGUGCGUGUGCGUGUGUGUGUCUCGCUGUUUUGUAAAGAGAGUGAGGUGAAGCGUGUUUCAUGUGUUUCAAGCCUGGAAAAGAAAGGUAAUACAUGGAGCGUGAAUAAGAGACUCAGACCCAAGACGUAUUUUCUCCUGCUUGCUUGAGACCACGGCGAGGAAAGGAAAGGAAAUGGAAGCGUGGCAUCAGAACUAUAUAGACGUGAAACACACACGCACUGUAAUAUAAACACAAUAGAUUCAACCCGGUUUUCAGGCCGCCUCAGAUGAGGUUCCUAGGUGUGUGGGUGGCGAGUGUUAACAUCUUAAGGAAGGAAUACCUCACGACCGCACCGCUGCAGAACCUCCUAACACACUGAUAUUCCAUGAACUCCAAAACACUUCGCACAAACCUGUGGUGUGUGUCUGCGGUGACGAGGCAGGGGCCGACGCUGCCCAGCGGCGGAAAGACGACGUGUUUUUUCGAAAGGGAGUGUACAGUGAUCAGUGUCACCGGUGCAGGAUUGAAAGUGACGGGAAAAAUUGGUGGAAGGAAAACAUUGAUAUACAUGGAUACAGUGCUGGUGAUUCAGCGUGGUGAUACAAGACAAGCCACUGUGGGGGACGUAAAAAGAUGUACUCAAAAUAUAUAUAUGAAUAUUUGUAUAAAAGCCUCACAGUCUCUCGCAGAACAAGCAAAUACGUAAAAAAG